AAAGAACGACCGAAGGCCACAAACCACAAGAAAUAGAUCCAACAUAACCUGAGUGUCAACGAUGCGUUUUCACAUUUUGUGGAGUGAAGGCCGCUCGUGGUAUUAGCCACUUCGUGAGAAACAGCAGCGACACAGCUCCGCCGCACUCAACAUUUGCGCCGCAAUGGCCGGCAGCUCUGGCGGAGGUUCCGACGAAGAAAACAAGGAAGAGGGGGUUUACUGCAUUUGCCGAACGUCGGAUACGUCACGUUUUAUGAUUGGAUGUGACAACUGCAACGAGUGGUACCAUGGAGACUGUAUUUCGAUUACGCCCGAGUUUUCGCGGAAUAUUUCGAAAUUCUUCUGCCUCCUAUGUAGGACUGGGAACCCGGCGCUAAAAACGAUCUUCAAGGGUGAUAAAAAAUCCUGCGGUGAAUGCAGUGCCUGCGUCCGCUCUCAAAACUGUGGAAAGUGUGACACAUGCCUUGACGGAGCAGGAAAAAAAUGUAGAAAGCGUAUUUGCAAAGUUGAACGGAAGCGCAGGGAAGAAAAACGUGAAAAGCGACGCCGUGAAGAAGAGGAGCGCCUCCGAGCCGAACAGGAGGAGCGAGAACGGCGUAAAAAAGAAAAGGAACGUCGACGUAAAGAAAAAGAACUUCAGCUCAAACGCGAAGCUGAAGAGCGGGAGCGACGCGAACGUGAACUCGAAGAACAGCGUGAAGCCGAACGUAAACGUCAAGCCCUUGAACGAGAGCGUCAAUUGGCGCAACAGCAACAGCAGCAACAGUCGAGCCAACGAAAAAGUGCCCGAGAUAAAUACCUUCAAGAUGAUGAAUACGUACCAGAAAGUGGCGGAAGCAGCGGGCGACUCACCACUAAACGGAGCAGCACGAAAAAACAGCAGAGGCAACAAGAUUAUCAGGUGGCGCCGCGUCGACUUCGACGGCGGGUUGGUGAUGACGAUUAUUCAUGGAAUGACCGGGGUCGAACCGUUCAAGAAGAGGCCAAACAAUGUUUUGGCCCGAAGUGCGCGCAAGUGGCUCGUGCAAAUUCGAAAUAUUGCUCAGACGAAUGUGGCAUGAAACUCGCAAUGAGUCGAAUUUUUGAGAUUCUGCCUGCGAGGAUACAGAGUUGGCAGAAACGAACUGCCGAGGCAGAAUUGUCAAAUGAGCGACAACUGCAAAAAAUUAGGGAGCAAAUACAUGAUGCUCAUCUGGAAGAAUUGGACUAUAGGCGUAAGAAGAUGGAACUCGAAAAUCUCAUUCGUCGUGCGAAGUCAACGCUGAUCAGCGAGGAAGAUGUUGAAGAGUCUGAGGAUCAAGAACAAAUUUAUUGCGUGACCUGCGGCCAUGAGUUUCAAACAAGAACAGCCAUUCGUCAUAUGGAACGGUGCUUCAACCGUUACGAAAGUCAAACAUCGUAUGGGAGCGCGUAUCCAACGAAAGGUGACCUCGCUGAGAUGUUCUGCGAAUUUCAUGUUCCAUCACAACAGAGCUAUUGCAAACGUCUUAAGAUUCUUUGUCCUGAACAUUAUAAGGAACCCAAAGUGAUGGACACUGAAGUAUGUGGCUUUCCAAUACAGAGAGAACUUUUCAACGACGAGGAUGUUGAUUUCUGCCGUUUGCCGAAGAAGAAAUGUAUUAAGCAUAUCUCUUGGGAACGAAUGAAACGAGCGCAGGUCGAUAUGGAAAUCAUUCGAGCGAGGUUGAAGCGUGAAGAGCUAUCGGAACAGGAACGUACAAUACAAAUCCAAAUGGCAAGUCGUGGUGGGGUGCUCGGCCUUAUGUUGCACAACACGGUUGAACACGAUGAUGAACCGCCGCAUUCACUGCAUAGCGAUCUGCGACGAAACUCCAAUGACAUCGGAAGAUCAGGGGGGCCGCAUAAGGCACUGAUCAACCAUCCUCGCUUUAAGGAGAUCCGAGAAGGACCCGGGUCACCUUCUGGCGCGUAUAGAGGAGACCAUGAUUAUGGGUUCCGGCCAACGUGAUAAUGUCAUUAUUAAUUAUGUUAAUGUAAUAUUUAAUGGUGGGAGUCUCUACAAGGACAUGGCGCGAGGCUGUAUUGUUAGCUGACGAUUUACAAGCAUGGCCUUAAGCCCUUACGCCAUUGAUAAAUCCGUACGUAAAUUUAUGAUGACAAAUAGACGGACAUCCGUGCAGUUUUAAAAGUCAGUAUGUUGCGUAUCUUCUAAAAUAGCAGCUGUUUAGGUAUAUGAAAUUCAAUUAGUAUCGGAUAGGCAGCAAGUAGUUGGUUACAUAGACAAUCUGUACAUAAUAAUUGGACUAGUAGUAAUAAGAAGAUUCAAAUUAAUUAAGGUUGCGAUGAAUACUGGGUGUAUUACACAUAAUUUGGAUAGGAAUGAAGCGAAUUAAAGAAUGAGAUAGAAUAAAGUUAGGUGUCUCAAGUAUCGCAAAAGAUGUGAACCAGAAAGCACCUAUGAAUUCCCGAAUACAGCUGUUUCAUCCUGGCACAUGAAUGAUUGCCGUGCCUCGAAGAUUAUAUGUAAAUACACUGUAAAGUCAAAAAAACUGCUUGUAAUUCACUUGGAAUAUGUUAUUAUAUGCGUUUUUUUUAGAGAAUAUUCAGCUGAGAUUAUUUUAGCGACAUUUUUUGCAUAUGCUAAAAGACAAUUUUUGACGGUUAUAUUCAUUCAAUACAAGUAUCAUCAAAGUAUCCCCAACAUAACUUCGAUUGAGAAACUAAGCCAUUCACUAAUAGUUUUUAAAAUGUUCUUUCUUUAAUCCUGUAAUAACUUUUUAGUAGUCACUAAUAGUUAAACGAUAUUGACAAAUUUUUCAGAAAGUUCGAAAAAGGCAAGGGUUUAAACAAGGAUAAAAGUUCGAAUGGUGUAAAAGGCCACAGAAAGUCUCAAUAGGACUAGUCGUUGAUCUCAUCUAAAAGACCGAAUGUCGAUUUCAAUUGACAUCGUCCUCUUCGAAACGACUUUUGAUUUUUCUCAUAAAUAUCGCAGUAUAUCAAACACGGCUUUUUAAGCCAUUUCAAUCAAACAGAGUGCUUUAAACGUAAGGUCCAUUAUAAAUCUUUCUUGAAUUUUCAAAAACUGCAUGAAAACGCGGAUUUUGCACAAAAAAGAGCAGAAAAUAAUCUUCAUUCACACAAGCCUACGUAGUGUGUGUCGUAACAUAUAAAUAUAUUUUAUCCUUCGUAUACCUUCUUUUGAAUAGCCUUAAGAAAAAACUGUAGACGGCGAAGAAGCAGUUUGUUGUUACCAUCUCCGACAAUAGAAUAGUCAAUACUAUCUCUUAACUCCAAGCUUAGAUAAUGUGUCUAUGGGGAAAUAGUUCCAUACGAAAAAAAGAAAAAGGCUAGAACAAGAAUUUUGGGCAUAUUAUCCUUUUUAUUUUUCUGGAAAAAGAAUAAGUUGGCAUAGACUGCGCAAGGAACAUACUGUGUGUGUGAGCCUUCAGCACUUAUCAGUCGCAAAGCUCAAAAGUGUUUCAUUCUGCAAAAAGGAACCUUAAGAUCCGCAAUUAGUUGCGAUUCGGGAAGUUAAAAAGG